AUGGAUCAUGGGAUAGUGAGGGUCGUCAAUGGAGGAUGGCUGGAUGGGCUUACGCGAGAUGCUGUUACGCGACCCGACACGAGCACGAUUCUUUGGGAAACGCUCUACGAACCGUGGGAUCUCUUCACAAGACUCGAUAAAGGAGACGACGUGACUGCGGCUGAACCUGUGACAUUGUUACGCGACGUUUGUUCUGGACCCGAUUCCUCAGAGAAGAACUGUUCAGUCAUAUGCACCAGCUCGGAUGAUUUAUUCGCCUCUUGGAAGACCCUGUGGCAAUGUCUGUCUCUAUCAUCCAUAACUCUCGCAAACUCCACAUUCUCUACACUUGAUCAACGCCAUGACGGGGUAGGAAACGGUACAUCAAGGGAGCAGAUCUCGAGCGCCUUGACGUCUUUUGGCAUUACUAAUGCGACCGACUUUGACGGAAAAGCGGUUCUGAAUAUAACUUACCAGUGUGCUGCUGCAAGUUGCCGCGAUAGUAGUAUGGGAGAGUGCUCCAUUGGCCAACUCGACCCAGGAUAUUUUGAGAGUGAGACUCUCCAAUGGAUCAAGGUGUACGAGGCUCUUGCACCGCUAUGCGAUGGACUGGAAAGCGAUAUCAACAUCGAUAUUGCUGGACCUGGAGUACUAAUAACAUACAUUACUCAAACAGCCAUGGUGGUCUUUGCAUGGCUGUUUUUCCUCCUUCUAAAAGUCAACAAGUUCAUCAACACUUCGACAUCAAUUUUUACUCAUCUGUUCCGAAAAAGAAACCCGGGUCCUAAUCUCUUGACCCAUCGUGUAUCAGGCCUUCAACGCCUCGAGCGCACGAAUCUUGCUCACGCAACGAGCACCUUUCUGGCAGAGCUUCACGAAGCACAGUGCUUCUUUGUCGUUGCCAUCGAGAUAGCGCUGAUCAACGCCAGUUCAAGAUCAGCAAUUUUCACAGGCGCUGAGAACUGGCAGAGUCUUCUUUGGAAUCGUGAUAGUGUCCAAUUUCUUGCAGGUAUGGGAGCUUGGCCUAUUAUUCUCGGACAGAUCUCCCUCCGAAGAGCCGAGCUAGACUCGAUGUACUACCUCCUUCUCUCGACGCUCGCAUUGGUACUUGCUGGUGUGGCGGCUGAUACAGCUGCAAAUCCAGAUCCAGAUCGGAUAUACAAGAUGUUUCAAGGACAGAAUACACUUGAAGAAUGUGGUGGACAUCCUUCCCUUCGAACGUUUUGUGUGGAAGAGCGAGAGGGUCUAUAUUGGUAUGUCUUUCCAGCGGGGAGUAUAUUCGCAUUCCUCGGAUUACUUGCUCUCCUGUGGUGGGCCAAAAUCUGGAGUCUUUGCAACUCUCCAACAUCAUUCCUCAAAAAGCACAAGUCCUUAUCGAAACGUCAGCUUGAGGCUUGGGAAUGGCUCAAGUGGAUUCUUAUAAAAGCUUCUCUUUUCGCAAUACACGUUGCUGAAACUGGUGCUCUUGCUUGUACUUGCUUUGGUCUGGCUGUGAUUCGUGCACCAUUACUGAAUCUAUUGCUGAGAGGGGAGACUGGGACUUGGAGUGUCGGACAGCUGGUAGCGGUAUUGAUCUGGGCGCCAGUAAUAUCUAAGUAUGCCCAUCUGGCAAUUCUCGGCGUUGAGAAGGGCUUCAGGCUUCGCUUGUCCAAAGCAUUUGAUAUUGUGAGGAGGUCGGACACUAGCUCUGGAAGUGAUAGCGAGGCAAUAUCUCUAAACUGA